GCGGCCCGCGCUCACGCGUGCCCCGGCGCCUCGAGCGUCCGCUCCACACCGCCCAAGCUGGGCCUGCCGGGGGCAUGAGCGUGCCCGGGACGCCGGGGGAGAUGGAGCCGGCCGGGGAGGAGGAGCGGCCGCCACCGGCGGCCGAGGAAGAGGACGACGACGAGUUGGUGGCAGCGGCGGCCCCGGCCUCAGGGCCGGCCCGAGGAAGGAGUGCCUCUUCGAGGGAGGACGCGGACGACCAGGAGGAGGAGGAGGCGAUGGUAGUCGGGGGCGGUGGCUGCAAGGAGCAGGAGCUGACCUACGAGCUGCAGCAGGGUUACCGCAUCCUGGGCGAGUUUCUGCAGGAGAAGCACCGAGGCCUCACCUCCCCCUUCCUGCAGCCCUUGGGGGGCGUUGCCACUGGGGAGGAGGAGGCGGCCGAGGGGCCGCGCAGCGGGGGCCGGGGCAGUCGCGCCCUCCGGCAGCAGCCCGGGAAGGGCAUGUGUCUGCUGAAGAUGGAGGAGAAGUUCGCCAGCGGCCAAUACGGGGGCAUCACCGAGUUCGUGGCAGACUUCAGGUUGAUGCUGGAGACGUGCUACCGCCUGCAUGGAGUGGACCACUGGAUCUCCAAACAGGGCCAGAAGCUGGAGAUGAUGCUGGAGCAGAAGUUGGCGCUUCUGUCUCGGCACUUGAGAGAAAAGACAACGAUAGCAGUUACAUCUAGAGGCUAUUAUGGAUUGGAGGAUGAGAAGGGAACUGCAUGUACUUCAACAAGGCGUCGGUCAACACCACGAAGUUUGGCAGGCUUGACAAGUGGAGUUUUUGAAUCUGUAAUGGUUCAAGUUUUGAGACAGGAAGAACAGCUGAGAGCAAAAGAAGAAAAAAGGCUUCGGGAGCAGGAAAGAAAAGAAGCAGAAGAAGCUAGUCAAAAGGAAGUAGAAGAAUGGGAAAGAAAACUUCUAGCUCAAGCAGCUCCAACUUGUAUGGAGACCAUGUGGGAAAUUCCAGCAAUCGGGCAUUUCCUUUGUUUAGCCCAGCAAAUUCUAAAUUUGCCAGAAAUAGUCUUUUACGAAUUGGAACGCUGUCUUCUGAUGCCUCAGUGUAACGCCUUUCUAUCUAAAAUAAUGACUUCUCUAUUAAGUCCUCCCCAUCGCAGACCUACCUUACAUCGAAGACCUACUUUGCCUUAUAGAACCUGGGAAGCAGCACUGAGACAGAAAGUACAGCAGUGGUACACGGCUGUAGGGCAGACUGAAAAUCCCAAUAACUGUGCUGAAAAACUUGGGUUGUGUCCUCAGUUUUUUAAAGUUCUUGGAGAAGUUAAUCCAUUGGAAGAAAAACCUUUUCAUGAACUACCUUUCUACCAAAAAGUGUGGUUACUUAAGGGUCUUUGUGACUUUGUAUAUGAAACACAAAAGGAAGUUCAAGAUGCUGUACUUGGACAGCCUAUUCAUGAAUGCAGGGAAGUUAUCCUUGGUUACGAUUAUUUGGAGAAUGCUUAUGUACAUUUCCCACAGUUCUGUGGUGCAGAUGUACGGAUUUAUAAACAGAGACCUUUUCAAGCCCCAGAAUUUCCAGUUCCACCCAUUAAAAUACGAAGAGUACCUCGGAUUAAACUGGAGAAAUUGAAGUGUGACUAUGUUACUGCAAGUAAUGGAGAACAUAGGUGUAGUAGAGAAGGCCUGCCCUCUGCCUUCAGGAAAGAGCAGGAAAUUAGUUUUGAUCCAACUUGCUGCCCUGCUAAAAUGAACUUGGAUAAUCAUGACAUCUCUGUUGAAAUGGAAGUGAAAUCCAACUGUGAAAUUAGAAUUCGCAGGCCCUGUGAAAUGAAAAUAACUGAUUGUUGUAAAGAAAAUUUAGAGAAGCCAGGGAGCCCAGGGGAAGUUACUGGCUUUGGAGAGCCUCUCAGUCCAGGUGAAAUAAGGUUUAUAGAAAAUCAGGAAAAAUAUGGUGAAGCUUCCAGAGUAAAGCCUGAACCCAGUCCUUUAAAAGAAAAUGCUCUGAAAUCUUGCCAAAUACAUGUAAAUGGAAGUCACAGUGAUCAUCCAGAAAUUAACUGCCACAAAGUUGUAAGGGAUAUUCUAUUAGAACAGUCACUGCAGAGCCACAAGAAACUCAAAGUAACUAAAAUGAGGGCAAAAAAGAAGAAAAAGAAAAAAAAGAAAUUGAAAGAUGUUUUGAAUGAAAACUUACAAAGAAAGCGCGAAGGUCUUCAUUCCCUUGCAUUCAAGUCUUACAAACCUGAGAUCCAGAAUAAGUUAUUGAUCAUCAAAAAGAAAGCAAAACACAAGAAGCACAAAUCUGGAAAAAAAUCCAUAUCUAAAAAAGCAAUCACAAAGAAGAGGAAAACUGUCACAAAGUCACCUACUGUACCAGAAUUUCAGCUUAUUUGCACUAAUCUUGAUGAACUCAGGGAAUUAAUCACAAAAAUCGAGAAUGAACUCAAAGAUCUGGAAAACAGUAGAAAAAAAUCGGGCAAAUGGUAUCAUCGGAGGCAAGCUGUAAAAGAAUUGCAUAGUACAUUGAUACGUCUUUUAAAUGAAUUGCUGCCAUGGGAACCAAAGUUAAUGAAAGCUUUUCAAAGAAACAGGAGUCGCCUAAAGAAAGACUAUGAUGAUUUCAGAAGACAGCCUGAUCACGAUAAAUUUACUGGAGAACCGUGGACUGCUGAAGAAGGUGAAGGAGAUCCUGGAAAAGAAUCUCCAAAAGUAGAACUCAGUAGCAAGUCUAUAGACACCACAGAACCUCUAGAUAUCCUGGAGAAGGACCAUUUUGAUUCAGAUGAUAUGAAAUUGUCAGAAAUAGAUUUACCUAUGGCCAGAAGCAAGUUGCUGAAAAAAGAAUUGCCUUCUAAAGAUGUACCUAAGACACUGCCUAAAACACUUAAACGACAGUCCAAACAAACUAAUUAUCUGGAUGAUAGCACAAAAGAGCUUUCCCCAAGGAAGAAAGCAAAGUUAAGCACAAAUGAGACAACAGUUGAGACUGUAGAAGGUGAUAUGCAAAUUGACUGUUUGAAUGAAUCAAAGCAUACAGAGCCACUGUUUCCAGAGUCAUUUGCCUCAUUGGAUUCAACACCAGUGUCUACUCUCCAGAAAGGGACCAAACCUAUUCAGGCCUUGCUUGCAAAGAAUAUUGGGAACAAAGUGACCUUAACAAAUCAACUGCCCCCUUCCGCAGGUAGAAGUGCUCCUGCUGUGGAAAAGCCAGUUAUAUCUCCUCCAGAAGCAAGCCCCAUAAAGCCAGCAUUGACCUGCCACACCAGUACAAAAGGUCCUUUACAGAUGGUAUACAAAAUGCCCUGUGGCCAGUGGUUGCCCAUAGAUCUUCAUAACAGCUCUGUAAAGAUUCAGAUGCAACCUAUGCUGGAUCCUAAAACGGGAGAAAAAAUCAUGCAGCAGGUUCUCAUUCUGCCUAAGAAUUUUGUAAUUCAGCACAAGGAAGGGAAAGCAGUUGCAAAAGAAAUACCACCACUUCAACAAAAAGGUACAGAACAACAUGGUUCAUCUUUCCCACAGACAGCAAAUAUAAACUCUUCUUUAGCAUCAGUUCUUGUCAACCCAACAGGAACUGUUUCUACCCAACUACCUAAUACAGCUUUCAACGAGACAGUUAUACCUUUGUCAAAUGUGAGUAAUGCUAGACCACAGCCUUCGACACCUGUAACCUCCAUAAGUAAUUUAUUAACACCACCAGUUAAGACUAGCCAGAGUGAGGCAGGAAAAGUCAAGAAUGCAGUUUCAGCAGCCGCAUUCCCCCAGCCCAUUGCUUCACCCACCAUUUCCUCAACAGUUCAGCCUCAGUCAUCAGCAACAACACUAAAUGGAUCUACAAAUCCAGGUAGUUCCCUCAACUGUUUUGCACAACAAACUGCUGAUUCUUCUGAAGCAAAGCAAGAGCUGAAAACUGUAUGCAUAAGAGAUUCACAGUCAAUUCUUGUCAGGACACGAGGUGGGAACACUGGAGUUGUAAAAGUACAGACCAAUCCAGAUCAAAAUUCAUCCAAUAGUUUAUCUUCAAGUUCAGUUUUUACUUUUGCUCCUCAGCUUCAGGCAUUUCUAGUGCCAAAAUCAACAACUUCAUCAUCCUCUGCUUUUUCACCAGUAGCUGGAACAACUGCUACAUCUAGUCUCCCACCUUUUGGCCAAGCACCUACUUCUGUUUCCAUUCCAGCUGGCUUUAAUCCAUCCACGGGGAAAAAUCUUAAAUUUACAUUAAGCCAACCUUCCUGCAGUAGUAAUUUGGGGCACAUGAUAGAUAAAACUUCACACAUGCCCUCCUCUCCCUUAAAGUCUUCUGUUUCUUCUAGCACUCUCCUACCAUCAACAGCAAAUAGUUCAGUAAGCGUAAUUAGCAUAUCAACAGGAAAUUUUGGACAAACCAAUGCAAAUGUUAUUCAUACACCAGCUAAACAGCAACAAGUAGAUUAUGUCACAAAAAGUUACCCUGUUACAAGAUCAGAAGCAACAGCAGCAACAAAUGAAGAUAUGGUCAGUGGGACUCCAGUUCAGAAACUUAUGCUGGUGUCAGCUCCAUCUAUUCUUUCUUCUGGCAGUGGAACUGCAAUUAAUGUGGCACCUGCACCAACAUCUACAGGUGUUUCUGCCCAGAAAUUAGUUUUUAUUAAUGCUGCAAUUCCCAGUGGCACUUCAACCCCAACUAUUGUGGCAGAACCAUUAAAACAAACUCUUCCUCCUCCCUUGAGUAAAACAUAUGUUAAGGCUCCAGAGCAGCCCCAGAUAGUACUAAUUCCAUCUACAGUGGGAGCACCAAUAAAAAUAAAUUCGUCACCAACUGUGUCUCAGAUAAAAGAUGUGAAAAUUGGGCUAAACAUAGGCCAAGCAAUUGUAAAUACUUCAGGCAGUGUGCCAGCUAUACCAUCAAUUAACCUAUUGCAAAAUGUAACCCCAAAAGGAGAAGAAAAAAGUACCAAGGGCUAUGUUUUGCCACUGUCAACAAGUGGUAAUUCAAUUCCAGUAAGCUCAAAUUUUGUGAGUCAAAAUAUUACUCCUGUUAAUGAAUCAGUGGUUUCUGCUUCAAGAACAGUAAACAUGUUUUCAGUAACAGGAGCAAAUGUAUCUUUGGGUUCUCUUUCAGUGACCUCAACCUCUGCCUCAGUUGGGACACGACCUCCUGUUUUAGUCAGUGGAAAUGAUACCUCUUCAAGAAUUAUGCCUAUUUUGUCAAAUAGACUUUGCACGUCAAAUCUCGGAAACACUGUGGCUAUAUCAACUGUGAAAACAGGACAUCUUGCAUCAUCUGUUCUGAUUUCAAAUACACAACCAACAGUGUCUCCUAAAUGUCUAACAUCAGCUUUGCAAAUCCCUGUUACUGUUGCCUUGCCUACAUCUGUGACUGUAUCCCCUAAAAUAAUCAACACAGUUCCACAAGCCGCAACAGUACCAGGAGCCCCACGUUCUGUAUCUCUUUCUAAAAGACAAUCUCGGACUUCCGUCCAGUUUCAGUCACCAGGGGUUUCAACUCCAGUGCCAACAAGUAUAAACACAAAUAAACCUCAAACUGAAUUUCCAUCCCUUUCACCGAAUCCAGGUAAAAGAAUUAACAUUUCCAAUUUUGCUUCUCUGCCAAACCAGCAACUGUCCCCUGCUUUCGUAAAAUCAACCCCCAGUUACAGUUCUGCUCCAGCUGGCACUGCCGUUCACACUGGUGCAGCACCAUCAAAUGUAACUAGUGUGGCAGGGGGCCAGUUCAGUGAGCCUUGUAUUCAGCAAAAAAUAGUCAUCAAUACCAGUACGCCUUUGGCACCUGGCACACAAAUCAUGAUUAACGGAACCCGCUUUAUUGUUCCACCACAAGGUCUUGGAGCUGGCAGCCAUGUUCUCCUUAUAUCCACUAAUCCAAAAUACGGACCUCCCUUAGUUCUUAACAGUGGCCAAGGCAUUCAGCCUACACCGGUAGAUAACCUGGCCCAGAAGAUCACGCUAGCAUCAAAUAAUUCUUUAAGUGGGCAACCUGUGAAACAUUCUCUAAGAAGCUCUACAAAAAUUGUAAACUCUCUUGGGAAUGCAAGUUCUCUACCCACAGUACAUGCAGCACCACAGAUCAUAAACCCAGCUGCUGAAGGUUCUGUACCACCUCCUGCACCAACAGUGUCAUUGACUUCAGUAAUUAAGUCUCCUCCAGCUACUCUUUUGGCUAAGACAUCUUUGGUUUCUGCCAUUUGCUCUGGUAAUCCUUCACUGCCAAGUAGCACUUCAGUAUUUCAUUUGGAUACAUCAGUCAAAAAAUUGUUGGUCAGCCCAGAAGGAGCCAUUUUGAAUACCAUAAAUACUCCAGCAUCUAAGGUUUCUUCACUCUCUUCAUCACUCUCUCAAAUUGUUGUAUCCGCCAGUCGAAAUCCUGCCUCUGUCUUCCCUGCUUUUCAGUCAUCUGGCUUAGAGAAGCCUGACACAGCUGCAUCUUGAAUUUAGACUAAACGAGCCAGUUUUUAAAUAAUGGGGCAUUGUUUUGACUCCCAUAAAAAUUUUAACUUUAUUAUACUGUUGAAAACAUAUUAUACAUAGUUUGUGUGUGUGUGUAUGUGUGUUUUGAUGUAUCUUUUCAUUAGCUUGCAACAAGGCUUUGUUUUUCUUGGGGAGGGAAAAAUCUGUUCCAUUUCACUCAUUGGUAUGAGUAUGUUUUCAAAGGUUAUUUGUUU